GCGCGUGAAGAUGGCGGGUGUUCUGGAGCGGAGCUACAUUGAGAUCUGCGGCUUUGAAAGAGAAACAGUUUCGCGGUUCAGACAGAUUACAUUAAAUCUAGCCGGUGUGGGGGUCUCCUCUGGUGGUGUGAAGUAUGCAGACAGUGCUGGUGGAUUCUCAUAUGAGGACAGUGGAAAACUGCUCUCGGUCACCAGCAACAGAUUCAUCCACUGGUCCACCUCGGGUGAUACGGUGCAGCUUGUUGAGCAGUCGCUGGACACGAAUCUUCUGAAUAAUGCCGUGCGUCUGCAUAUCCCACAAUGCCUCCUUCUGCCCGGAGGCGUUUCCAUACAGGAGACGCUCAACAACGUGAUUAUUCUGAUCGUCACCAGCCAAUCAGUGCAUCGCCUGGUGCUGCCGCAUCCCACCCGCAUGUACCACAGCGAUCUGGUCACUGAACUCCAGAUGCAGUCCAUUUUCACAGACAUCGGGAAGCUGAAUUUAAAUGGCCCAGCUCACAGUUACGUUCUCCCGUUCACACAAGGCCCGCAGUCCAGCGCUCCGUCCACGUCUGCGGCCUGGAUCAGUCACCAGGGGGAGGCGCUGUUCGCCCUCGCCUCUCCCUCAGGAGGCAUCACUGUGGUCACCUUACCAGCUUACGAUCAGGAUGGCUCCGUGUCCAUUCUGGAGUUGAAGCAGAGUUCAAUGAUGCAGCGUCUGGCCGGCUGGAUGCCCACUGCCAUCAGGGGAGAUCAGAGCAUGUCUGAUAUGGCCAUCAGUCUGGCCGUUCAUCAACUGGAGGACGACACUUUCAUUUUCACACUGUGUCAGGAUCACAAGCUGCGGAUGUGGUCACUAAAGCAUCAGAUGUGUGUGCUGGUCACCGAUAUGCUGGAUUUUCUGCCUGUGGGUCGAGGGGAAGUGAAGGCGUCUCCGGCUCAGGCUCAUAAACUGCGGCUCUUUUUCUCCUCCUCCACCGGUCUGUGCGUCGCCGUCUAUCUCUCCGUCCCCAAACGCAGCCAGUUCUGUGUGCUGCAGCUGGUGGCCAAUGAGAGCGGCCGCUACAGCCUGGACCACAUCUCCACACUGUUCUCCACACAGGAGACGCUGGUGGAUUUUGUCUUGACGGCGACUGAUAUUUGGGCCCUGUGGCUGGAUAACGACAACCAGACGGUGGCCAAGUACAUCAGCUUUGAGCACAACACCACAGGCAUGUGGAACCAGGUGUUCGUCCAGCCAUCACCAGAGGAGGAAGUUCACAUAGGAGAAGACCAAGAUCCUCGGGAAAUAUAUCUGGAUGUGCUGUUUUCACCCUUGCGCUUCACAGCCUCGGCCAUCAUCAAAGCUUUACAGAUUUAUAAGCGAGGUCCAGUACGAUAUUCUGAUUUAUCAUGGGAGGAGCUGAAGAAAGAGGUCACGGUCACAGUGGAAAACGAGCUUCAGGGCAGCGUGACGGAGUACGAGUUUUGUCAGGAGGAUUAUCGGCUGCUCCAGGUGGAGUUCUGGUCCAAGUUUUACGCCUGCUGUCUGCAGUACCAGGACGUCCUGUCCACACCUCUCGCCCUGCACGUCAGCCCCUCCACCGCCAUGAUCUGCGUCCUCAAGAAGGGCUUCGUAUCUUUCUUGCUGCCCUGCUUUGCUGUGGACCACCUGUACCUGUCCUCCGACGAAUACCUGUUUUCUGAAGAGGAGACUCCUAUUGCUGAGGACGCAGACGUGAGCCGGGACGUCCUGCAGCUGGUGCAGUGUCUGCGUCUGGUGAACGAGUCUCUUCCUGAGGAAAUGGCUUAUGAGAUGGAGAAAGCCCUGGACGAGCUGCUGUCUCCGGAGAAAGUGUCGGAGAAGAUCCUGGAGAGCCUUUUGGCCAAUGACACUGGGAACGUGAUUGGCGACAUUGCGAACAAACUGCAGGACAUCUAUAACCCCGUCGCCGCCAUGAACAUGCUGCUCCGAGAGCUAGACCUGGAGUCCGACGCUGAGCCCGACACCAGACACGCAGGUCAGUCUCUGCGAGUGCGCAUCAGUCUCUCUCAGCUAUACGGCAGCAGCGUUGCCGCUAGUCUGAUCUGUCAGGCCGUUUGUCAGACCGCCAUGACCCGAACACUGCUCUGCAGAGACCUGCUCAUCCUGCAGCAGCUCUACCUGCGGAUUGGAGAAAAUGCAUUUAUUUCCGGCGGUCCUCAGUUGCUGCAGCUCCAGCAGGACCUGAUUCCUCGAUGCUCGAAUCUGCUUUGCACGUAUCACUUGCUCAAACAGAUGAGCCUGACGCUCUCCUCAUCCGUCCCGCUGGACAUACUAAAUGCAGAUCUUCAGCAUCUCUCUGUUCUGGAGCUCUCCGACUCCUCCGCUCCUGCAUCCAGCAGAUCAGUGUUGAAUCCUCAGACCGUGGUGGAGUUGUUCUAUCAGAACGUGGCCCGUAAAGCCGUCAUGUCUCAGAUCUUCUCCCAGCAGGACGUGGAGAGCGAUCAGAGCGUCUUACACUGGCCUCAGAUGAUCUCCAGUGUCCUGACCCUGCUCUGCCAGGCUCUUUGGCCCAGCAAUCCCAGUUUCCUCUUUCCCGAAUGCCUGAUGGGAAACUGCCAGUACGCACAGCUCCAGGAAUAUGUGCGGUUAGUCGGGCCCUGGUGUCAGGUGAACGUGGGAUCCUAUCGUUUUGUUUUGGGUCAGUGUUAUCUGGCCAGCGGUGAGGGGCAAAAGGCGUUGCAGUGUUUCCAGGAAGCUGCGACUGAGGUGAAUAAAGAAGAGUUCUUAAUGAAGCUCACGGGUUCAGAUGAGGAGACGGCGACCGCUCCACGAUUGCUUUACUACAACAAGGUCCUGCGGUUACUGGAGGAUAUUGGGUUGCCGGAGCUUGUGAUUGAAUUGGCAACGCUGGCCGUGUCUGAAGCCACCGAUGACAAGAGAAGCCAGGCCGCUCUGUGGACUCGUAUCUUCAAGCAUCAUCUGGAUCUCGGACACAACAGUCAGGCGUAUGAAGCCCUGACGCAAAACCCUGAUUCCAGCAGGAAGCUAGAUUGUCUCCGGCAGCUGGUGGUGGUUCUGUGUGAACGUGCACAACUCCGAGAUCUCGUCCAGUUCAGUUAUGUUGGUUUGCAUGACGAGGUUGUCAGCAUCAUUGAGUCUCGAGCGAGAGCCGUGGACCUCAUGACACACAACUACUAUGAGCUUCUGUACGCUUUUCACAUCAAUCGGCACAACUACAGAAAAGCGGGCACGGUGAUGUUCGAGUACGGUAUGCGUCUGGGUCGUGAAGUACGAACACUUCGAGGGCUUCAGAAGCAGGUGAACUGUUACCUGGCCGCCCUCAACUGCCUGCGUCUUGUUCACCCCGAUUACGCCUGGAUUGUGCAGCCUUCGUCUGGAGUCGCGUAUGAACGACCAGGUGCAUCGCCGAAAAGGACUCAUGAUGGAGAAUUUGCUGCAAGUCCAGUAAAUCAGCAGAUCGACAUUUUGGAGCUGAAAGAUCUGGAGAAGGAGUACGUUCUUGCUCUGAGUCGUCUGACUUUGGCUCAGCAGGAUCCUCCAUCUGCAGCCAUCGCAGGAGGAGCGUCUUCUCAGGAAAUGGUGGCUCUGCUCGUCCAGGCUGGACUUUUUGACACAUCGCUGACUCUUUGCCAGACCUUUAAUCUACCGCUGACUCCAGUGUUUGAGGGACUGACCUUCAAGUGCAUUAAACUGCAGUAUAAAGGAGACCAGGAUCAGACGGAGGUGUGGAACUGGCUCGCUGCUAAUCAGCUGCCGACCGUCAUCACUACUAAAGAGACCAGUGCGACAGAUGAAGCGUGGCGGCUUUUAGCGCAUUAUUUGGAGAAAUUUCCAUCUCACAACGCUCCGCAUCAUCGCUGUGUCAUCAACAAACUCCUGUCACAUGGUGUGCCGGUGCCUGAUUGGCUGAUCAAUGCCUACAAGGAGGUUGAUGCUGCGGCGCUGCUGCGUCUCUAUCUGAAUUAUGAUCAUCUGGAGGCCGCAGCCGAGCUCGUGCUGGAGUUUGUGGACGCUCUGCUUGGAAAAGGACAUCAGUAUUUUGGUAUAGAGCGGCCGCUCUCAGCUACAGCGGCUCUGGUUUGGCUGCCGUACACAUCCAUCGAUCAGCUCUUGAGAAACCUCAGCGAAAGUCAGAUCAACGAGAAGAUGUACAGGAGUCUGCAGGAUAAACUGGCCGAAUAUCACAGACUGGUGGACCAGAGCAGCAGACACAGACUCAUGGCCCGCUGAACGGGCGCUUAGGAUCGACGAUGCAGACGUUUUGUUGCGUUGUGUGGCGUUUUGGGGUUGUUUCAUGCUGAAAACGUGUGGAAUCGAUGAUCUGAUCAUGCUGGAGUUCAGUCUCUGAUUAAACCACAGCUGUGUAUUUUUAUAAAGGCGCUGUUUAAAACAUCUUAAACUUUAAAUGUUGUACUCUUUACUUGAGUAAUUUAAAUAAGUAAUGAAAUAAAACUGUUUUGUUUAAUAGGAAA